AUGGAGUCGGAGACGCGGGUGCUGCGCGCGGCGGGCGGCUUCGGCCGGGCCCGGCGCCUGCUGGCCGCCGCCUCGUGGCUGCCGUGCGUGGCGCUGGGGCUGGCGCUGGGCUCCGAGCCGCUGCUCACCACGCCGCCGGCGCACCACUGCCGGCCGGACCCCGAGCUGCUGCCCCCCGCGCUGCGCGCUCUGCGCGGGCCCGCGUUGCUCGACGCCAGCGUGCCGCGCCUGGGACCCGCGCGCGCCCCGAGCCCCUGCCUGCUCCUGCGCUACCCUGAGCCCGAGCCCCACGCCCGCCCCAACGGCACGCGGCCCUGCACGCGCGGCUGGCACUACGCGCUGCCCGCCGCCGGCCUGCUGCGCAGCCCGGUGACCCAGUGGAACCUGGUGUGUGAGGAUGGCUGGAAGGUGCCCCUGGAGCAGAUGAGCCACCUCCUGGGCUGGCUGCUGGGCUGUGUCUUCCUGGGUGCGGGCUGUGACCGGUUUGGACGUCGGGCUGUGUUCGUGGCCUCCCUGGUGCUGGCCACGGGCCUGGGGGCCAGUGAGGCCCUGGCGGCCAGCUUUCCCGCCCUGCUGACCUUAAGGCUGCUUCACGGGGGGGCCUUGGCAGGGUUUUCCCUUGCCCUCUACGUGGCUCGCCUGGAGCUGUGUGACCCCCCUCGUCGCCUGGUGUUCUCCGUGGGAGCCGGCCUCUUCUCCGUGCUGGGCACGCUGCUGCUGCCUGGCCUGGCGCUUCUGGCGCAGGACUGGCGCCUCCUGCAGGGGCUCAGCGCCCUGGUGACGGGCCUUCUGCUGCUCUUUUGGGGGUCGCCGGCCCUGUUCCCUGAGUCUCCCUGCUGGCUGCUGGCCACGGGACAGCCAGCCCGGGCCCGGAAGAUCCUGUGGCACUUUGCAGAGCCUGGGGGCGUGGACCCGGAGGACGGCUCAGAGGAGGAGAGCUCCCUGGUUGCAGAGCUGGACACGCUGGGUGCACAGCGCCCCCGGCCCCAGUACCACUCCGUCCUGGAGCUCCGGCACACCCGCGUCGCCUGGAGGAACGGACUCAUCCUGGGCUUCAGUUCGCUGAUCUGCGGGGGCAUCAGAGCCGGCUUCCUCCGCAACCUGGCCCCGAGCGAGCCCACCUUCUAUUGGCCCUACUUCCUGACCGCCGGCCUGGAGGCAGCGGCCGCUGUGCUCCUGCUGCUGACGGGGGACCGCUGGGGGCGACGCCCGGUCCUGUUGCUGGGCACCCUGGUCCUGGGCCUGGCAUCCCUGCUGCUCCUGGCCGGGACCCAGUACCUGCCGGGUUGGACCAUGCUGUCCCUGUCCGUCCUGGGCCUCCUGGCCUCCCACGCCGUGUCUGCCCUCAGCAGCCUCUUUGCGGCGGAGGUGUUCCCCACGGUGAUCAGGGGGGCCGGGCUAGGCCUUGUGCUGGGGGCCGGCUUCCUGGGCCAGGCGGCAGCGCCCCUGGCCGACGUGCACGGCCGGGGCGGCUUCUUCCUGCACCACGUGGUCUUCGCCUCCUUCGCGGUGCUCGCCCUGCUGUGCGUCCUGCUGCUGCCCGAGAGCCGGGGACGCCGCCUGCCCGCGUCGCUGCGGGACGCCGACUGCCUGCGCGGGUCCCGGGCCCGCCGCCGCCCGCCCCCGCCCUCCCACCGGGCGGGGUCCCGGCCUGAGCGGGACGGCUGA